AUGUCGAGCUCAUCGUCUGACGAUGACUUCAUGCUGCUUGAUAGUGUUCAUACAAAAGUCAAGAGAAAAAGAAGAGCAGUACAUGAAAUAAACUACAAGAGAGAAGAGUUUGGAGAAUAUCAUCAUCUUUUCAGUGAUCUGAAAAGGGACAACGCAAGAUUUUUUGAAUACACAAGGAUGACACAAGAGACAUUCAACUACAUUCUCAAGAAAGUUGAACAUCGUCUUGUGAAGACAUGGUGUAAUUGGCAUGAGCAACCCAUUCAACCUGAAGAAAGACUUGUCAUUACUAUCAGGUAUCUUGCCACAGGAUCGUCGUUCCGUUCCCUUGCAUUUUCGUUUAGGAUCGGAGUGACAACGGUGGGAAAGAUUGUUUUAGAGACUGUUAUCGCACUGUGGGAAGAACUACAUGAGGAACACAUGCCAGUACCAACAAAGGAGUCCUUCAAAAUGAUCGCUGAAGAUUUCUACAGCAUCUGGAAUUUCCCUAACUGUUUAGGCUCAAUUGAUGGAAAACAUAUCCGUGUUCAGUGUCCCCAAAAUUCAGGAUCAAUGUACUUUAACUACAAAAAGUUUUUUUCCAUUGUCCUUCAAGCUGUUGCAGAUGCACACUACAAGUUCAUUGCUGUUGAUGUAGGAGGCUUUGGAAAGCAAAGUGAUGGUGGUACGCUCCAAGCCUCUGAUCUGUACAGUGUCUUGACAAAGGGAAAACUAGAAAUUCCUGAACCUUCUUACCUACCAAAUACAAAUGUCAAAGCUCCGUAUGUGUUUGUGGGGGAUGAAGCCUAUCCACUUUUACCUUUCCUACUAAAACCGUAUGGUGGACGUAAUUUGACUAUUGAAGAUACCACCUUCAACCAACGUUUAUCCAGGUGUAGGAAAACUGUUGAGCGUGCUUUUGGCAGUCGUGAAAGCAAGAGCUUCAACUGGAAAUUUAUCAGGUGUGCUAACCAAUGAUACUGUUGAAACCUCAUUACCAGAAUCACCUCAAAUAGAAUACCAAAUGGGUACCAUGGAGCCCCCCUUGGCUACAGAGGAAGGCGUAUCCCACACUAAAGACGCUCUUGAACGCGAAGAUGAAGUUAUGGAAAAGCAAUGGCUCAUUUCACCCGCCACCCGUCCGAAAAAAAAGGGAGCUAACAAACGCUCUAAAACAGAUGACUUCAACCAGAGCAUCCUGGAUAUUGAACAACAAAAAAUUCAGUACUUGAAAGAAAAAAUAAAUCGCAAGCAAGACAAAGAAGAUGACGAGGAUCUGAUGUUCUUCAAAAGUUUGUUACCUCAUGUCAAAAGAAUUCCUGCUGUGCAGAAGCUGACAUUUAGAAGCCGCCUACAAGAACUUGUACAACAAUUUUCAUAUCCAGUGCCUGCCAUAUCUCCCCUUCCAUAUACCCAUGAUUCCUCUUCCUCAGCUUCUGCUUAUACCCCACAGGUGUCUCCUCACUCAUAUGCCCACUCUCCUAUAGAGUCUCAAGUUCAUACCACAGAUAUGACUUUACAACCUAUGUAGUACACUAACAUUCUUAGUAUCACAUACAUGUCUGUACUAGGAGAAAUGCUUAUUUUAUGUAAUUGUUUUGUUAUUAGGAUUUAUGAUAUAUGUAUCUUUACUUUGUUCAGUGUUGUGUUUAUCAGUACCAUACGAUAUAAACUGUAAAAUUCAAAUAAAAGUUAUUUGUUCCCUAUACCAUCUAUGAUUAUCAUCUUAUUAAUAAAGUAAUAUGAAAUUGAUUUUAGCAUCAGAAUUUCGCUCACC